AUGUCUUCAAGUAACCGCGAUUCCAAUACACCGGUGCAAAACAACUCGGGUGAUGACGCGCCUACAGAGUUUAACGCUGCUGUAGAGGAGCUUCUCAAUACCAUUCAAAACAAAUUUGCGGGUGUAUCUUCAGAAAUAUUCGCCAAGUUGGACGACAUGUCGUCAAGGUUGGAUAAGCUGGAAGCAGAAUUACGAGCGAACAACGCCAAAGACAACGGUACUUCCAAGUCAUGA